AUGCCUCAGCUGAAACCGCUCCCGGACUGUGAAGGUCCCAAGCUCGAGUGUUUCAUUGACGAUAUCACGACCUGCGACUUGAAAAUUCUCGGAAUGCUCGGCACUGGAGGUCAUUCCCAAGUUUGGAAAGCCGAGAUCAAUGGCAAAGUCUAUGCUAUCAAGACGUUCGUCUAUCAGCCGACACAAGAUCCAUGCUUCAUGUUGGACCCUAUCGAUAACGAUAUCAGAUAUGAAUACGAUGAGGGGUUUUGCCCCAAGCCAAGCAGCGACAUCACUCAGGCGACUAUCGAUAGCCUGCGCCUCCAUGCGACCACUUUCUACAAUGAAUGUCGUGUCUUUGGGCGUCUGAAGGAGCUGGGCCGCGAACAUAUCGCUGUCAAGGCCUAUGGAUACCUGCAAUUCGAUCUCAGCGACGAGAAGGUCCAGCGACAUUUCCUACCAUUUGGGAACGGCGCGAGACAGCGUCUGGCCCUUAGCGGGAACAAAGAGCCCUCCGAUGAAGAUGUGAUCCGCCACUUCAUGGAGCACGACGACCUCGGCAAACCCAUGAUGGGCAUUGUGAAGGAGUGGGUGGACUCUAUUGAGGGCCAAGACGCUUGGCUAUCUUAUGAUCGAGACAUGGUCAAGAGAUACAUCGGACACAUGCCUCGACUGCUGCGUAAUCUUAAAGAGCUGCACAAGUCAGGCAUCGUGGUUCGAGAUCUCGCAGGGCGGCAGUACCUUGACGGGCAGCUCGUAGACUUCAGCUCCGCCUGGACCAUCCCGCAUAUCUUUGGGCCAGAGAGCGGCGUCCGACCCCGCUGGACCUUCGAGGGCAUAGCGGCAUAUGAUCUUACAUGCUUCCAAUCCAUGCUAGAUGAGCUUGACAGGAAAGCAGAAUUGGCAGUGCCGCGUCUGAGGAAACACAACCUCACGGCAUGGCCAAAAGACGAUAUUUACGAGCGCCUACGACCUAGGCCGCAGUUUUACGGACCUGUCCUUCCCAUGCUCACCCUCGACGAUGACCAAGGCCAUAUGAUGUGGCGCCGACCGCCCUUUGACCCCGCCAAGUUCAACUGGCGGGCUGUCCAGAAGUCAACAAAGAAGGGUGCCAGUGCCACCGGGCGCGUCACCAAGACAAAGGCACCUUCAAAGAGGACCGCUAAGAGAAGUGUCAAAUGA